AUGGAUGGAGUUCCCAGAUAUGCCCACGCCACCGCCUGUCUUCCAGCCUGCCAUGACAGUCUUUGCCAUCUACCUUGCUUCCCAUUAUCCACGGAAACAACAAUCGGCCAUCUCCCGCGAAUUGAGUACUGUUUCUAUCCUAGCUUAAACAGCGUGUAUUUUCUAGGGUGGACAGGUCCGGACAUAUUGUCACCAUCUACCUGCGCCGACGACAUCUUCUUCCACUUGUCUACUUUCCACCUCCCGAACAAAGUAGACUGGGCAGACAUCCGGCUCUACGUUUUGAGCAACGUGACAGAUGAAUUGGUGGCUGUGUGCCCAUUUUUCCUUCCACGAGUCGAAUCAAUGCUGGGAAACCUGCCCCGCGUCCGUAAGCUGGUGCAGGAUAUGAUCGCAAGUCACGAUGUGGGUGAGCUACGUUUCCGACUAUCUAUCCGGCCCCGCUACCGAGAAGAACCGGAUUUUCAGGGCGCAAGGAGGACACUCGAUUCGGACAUCCGCCCAGUUGUGCCUCUCUCGCCUCGUGAUCCAUAUUUGUUUGUGGGAAAUGUUGUGGAGGAUUUCGUAAGAUACGACAUGAGACCUAUCAGGUGA